AUUUUUUCAUAAUAUUAUUAGUCAACAAUUUUUAUAGACAUCGCCUAUUUUCUAUGUGAUAAUCAGCUGAUUUUAUUGGUCCAACUGAAAAUAGUAACAUUUUAUCCAAUCAAAAUUCAGUUAGAUAUUCAACCAAUCAGAGUAGAUCAUUUUACACUAUAUAAACAAGAUUAAGUACACGUUAAAAUUUGAACGACAAGUAGAUCGAUCUCUAUAGUUCUUCUGCCUUCCCCUCAAUAUGCCUGGAAUCAUUGCUACUAAUGAUGAUCGUAAAAUUCUCCGUAAAAUAUUAAUCCCUGUUGAUGGUACACCAGAAUCACAAAGUUCAUUAGUUUGGUAUGUUAAUAAUAUGAAGCGUAAAGGUGAUUUGGUUAUCUUUCUACAUGUGGUUAUCCCUGUCCUACCAUCUGCUUUAUCUGGAUUGUCAAAAGAAAGUGAAUCAAUGCCAGCUGGAUCUGCAUAUUAUGUACCAGAAAAGAAUAUGCAUGCUGCACAAACUGUAUGUCAACAUUUGAUUCACGAAGCACAUCGUUAUGCAGUGACAUCAGAAGCUUGUAUACAAGUUGAUACAAAACCUGGUCCAGCUAUAUUAAAGAUAAUUAGAGAACAAAAUAUUGAUAAUGUGAUUAUGUUUAAAAGAAAUCUUGGCUUUUUUAAACGUGCUAUCAAUGGUAGUGUUAGUUCAUAUGUAAUGAAUAAUUCAAAUGUGGCCGUAUCAAUUGUAUCCUCAAUGCAUAAUUGAAUGUACACAGACUACAGCAUACUGUGAAGCCAGGAAAAGCAGAAAUUAUUUUUUUCACUAGAUGAGCAUUUGAAGAAAAUUAAUAUCAUAAAUUGUAUUUCGGUUUUUAUUAUUAUUAUCAUUUUGGCUGUUAUUUCUUUUUGACAUUGACGUUCCGUCGUUUAAUACAAACAUACUGAAAAGCUGACAGCUUGUUUGUUUUUUAACUAUAACUAUAACUCAAGUUUACCUAUUACAUAACAAUAUGGAUUAUUUUGUUCCUUUGUUUCUCUUUUUAUUUUUAAAUAUAAAUCAUAUUUUUUAUUUGGAUUGAA